AUGGGAGACUGCGAUCAUUCCUUCAUCGACCCCCCUUUCCCGCAGCGCACAAUCAUCAUACUUGGUGCAGGAAUCAUAGGGUGUGCGGCGGCUAGGCAGCUCCUCCUCAAUGGCUUCUCUGUCACCUUAGUAGCAGAACACCUACCAGGUGACCAGGACAUCUCCUACGCCUCGGCCUGGGCCGGAGCGGCCUGGCACGCUGCGGGCGGGAUUAGCCCUGAGCAUCGCUAUGUUCAAGCCGUGUGCUAUCGCCAUUUGCUGAAGAUGGCCCGUGAAGAGCCGGACUCUGGGGUCUGCAUUGUUGAUGCUCGAGAAUACGUGGAACAGCCUCCAUCUAAGGACUCUUCUGCUUGGGGAAGGACGAUCCUGCCCAAGUUCCGCGAUUUGAACGCUGGUGAAUAUCCUACCGACUUCAAUUGUGGAUGGGCUUAUCAAACUGUCGUUACGGAUCCGACACGCCACAUGCCAUAUCUGCGAGACAAGAUCAACUCCCUCGGAGGUACAUUCAUUCGGAAACGAGUCGAGGCUUUAGAAGAACUAUACGCACUGUUUCCCGACUCGCGUAUCUUCAUCAAUGCCAGCGGGAACGGCAGCAGAACGCUGUUUGAUGUGCAAGACCAGAAAUGCUUUCCAGAACGCGGCCAGAAUGUGUUCUAUCGCACAGCCAACUGCAAUACGUUCUACUUUCAGAAUGGCAAAACGUACACUUACAUCAUUCCUCGACCCUUAUCCCAGGCCGUUAUCCUAGGAGGCGUCAAACAAAGGGACAAUUUGUCACCGGAAGUUGACAUGGAUAUUGCCCGAGACGAGAUUGCCCGUGCACAUUAUCUGGCCCCGGAAAUCGUUCCAGAAAAUCCUCCUGAAGAGUCACUAAGCUACAUAGUCGGAAUUCGUCCUUCUCGAGAAGGUGGUUUCCGACUAGACUCCGAACAGGUCGGGAACCGCCUCGUCUUAUCUGCCUACGGCUUCGGUGGCGGCGGAUACGCUUUUUCAUACGGAAUUGGAGAUGCCCUAGUGAAAAUGGUUGAGACGGCUGAAAAGAGUAUCGUCAUACUCUGA